AUGGUUCUAGCCAGCAAGGCCAUUCCGGGUCAAUUUGAGGCCUUGUUCUGGGCGUUCACCCAAUGGAAGCUCGAUUUUCAAACUGAAACCAUCAAAACUCAAGCGUCAGACGGAAGGCAAGCUGUGAACCCAAAGAUUCCUCAAUCCACUGAGGGCAAUCUGAUCACAAAAGCACAAGCGGAAGCAGCUAAGGUCACCCUCAAACAGUCACGGGCUCUGGAAAAGGUGAAAUCUGAUGCUGCGAAGGCGUCCCUCAAACAAGCCCACGCCUUGGAGAAGGAGCUGGCUGAAGAAGCAAAGGCACAAGCCAAAGGCGCACAUGUCUUGGAGCGCAAGCAAGCUGCAAAGGUUAAACAGGUGGCCACAGCAGCUAGGCCCCAAGGACAAGCAGGCUCUUCUGGAUUCACAAACAGUCAAACACAUGAUCUUAUGGAUUGUGGUGAAGAAUCUAUUUUGGGUGACAGUCCUAAACGAGGCACAGCCAAAGGCCGAGGCAGUCUGCCUAAGAGGGCCAGGGGAGAUAACCAGGGGCUUAUACCUCCUCUGCGUUCACCUCCACCUCAUUGUUCCACAACAAUAACACAUUCCUGGACCCCCAACAAAACCGGGAGGAUUGACUUGUGGCUGUAUCAGCCCAAAUCAAUUUAA